GCGGUUGGGUUUCAAAGCGCGGCGGACGGCAGCGCUCCCGGCCCCGGCUCGGCCCCAGCGUUUUGCUGAUCGCGGUCCCCAGCGCGGCCCCGCUCCCCAUCCCGAUCCCGCUCCCGGUCUCGCCGCCAUGCCUGCCGCGCAGAAGAAGAACGGGCCGAGCGCACGCGAGCGGAAGCUGGCGGCUUUCCUGAAGGACUUCGACCGCGAAGUCAAGAGCCGGGUGGAGCGGGUGAAGAUGAACGGGCAGCAGCUCAUCAAGGAGGUGGAGAACCUGUACGACAUGGAGGUGCUGCGGCUGCCGGUAGCGAUCCGAGGGAUCAACUGGGUCGAUCACCACGUUAAAGGAGGAAGCAAAAAGGCGUUGGAAGAAGCAGCAAUGGUAGACCUGGAAAUAAGAGAAAUAAACAAACUGACAGCAGAAGUCAUCCAGACUCCUUUAAAAGUCGCCAAGAAAGUGGUUAAAGCCAAACAGAAUAUUGAAGCCAUUGAAGAAGUAGCAGAGCCUUCUUUGCUUCCUCAAGCCAAGAAAGCAAAACAUGACAACGAAUGUAUUCCAGACUCAGACACUGAAAACUUCAAUCCAAGAACUUCAAAGGUGAAGGCCUCCAGUAAAAAAGUGCCUGUGUCCAGGAGCAAAAGAGCUCCUUCCUCAAGAGUGAAGCGCAUGAGUAAAAGGUCAAGCAAAAACAGUUUUGUCACUCCAGCUACUGGGAGAACAGUCGAUUUCUGUGCUUGGGGAGGCACCUCCAUGGUCACACCCAGAUUUGAUUCCAGUGUUUUCAAGACCCCAGGCCUUCGUGUGCCCACGCUGAACGAACGCGUUUACACCAUCUCUGCCAACGGCAGCCCGCUCGCAGACAGCAGUGACGUCUUCAUCACUGUCCCUGUUGGAGGAGGGGAGUGCCUUCGUUUAACAGCAAAUGAUUUGACCAGAAAGAAUCUUCUCCAUCUGAAUCCAGAGGCCCAAGGAGUUAUGAAGAAGCUCUCAGUUCGUCUCGCACAAGCUUGCAGCGUUACAAAAAACUACAGAUGAAACUUGGAAUGCUGAGACCUCUCUGUAAAUACAGAAAGUUACCUCGAGGACUGCUGAGACCUCUGUAAAUAUGGAAAGUUAACCUUGAGGACUGCUGCCUUUAGUUUUUGCUCUAAUUUGUGUUUUCCUUCCCUCAGUUUACAGAACGGAAGUCAAGAAUUAGUUUUUCUACCUAUAAUAUGUAAUGGGAUUAGAAUAGAUUGCAGCAUAUAUAUUUUUUUUUACAGGAAGAUAAAACUCCAACUUUUAUUUCCUUCAAUGGUUAGACCAAAAGCAAAAACAGCUCUCUUGGCCUGGCAGAGCAUCAGGCUGGGCAGAGGAGUUGUUGUGGUAUUUGGCAGACAAUGAGAGCAGUGAACACAAGUGACUGGAGCUUGCAUUUGUCUGGGUGAAGAAAGCAGCAGAUCAGAUUUGUGCUUCCUUCCAGGUGUGGCCUUUCUCUGCAAAUGCCCUUAGAAGUUGACUGUCACAGUGCAGAACCUGAGCUACCUAAAAGCAAAUUCCAGAGGCUGAAUGGGAAGUGCUGUAGCUCAGGAUGCUGUCAUGAACAGCAAUCCUGCAGCAGCCGCUGUAUUUUUAACUGGCUUGCUGUAAGCAAACUUAAUGCAUUUUGUUCUUAAAGAAAUAAAGGAUCCCUCAUUCCUUAUAGAAGAUGCAGAAGUCUUGAUCUAUGCCAAACUGGUGCCAAUUCCACUUUAAAUGUCACCCUGGGAAAGGUUGCUGUAUGGAUUUAAAGUGUCAGUGGGAGCACACAUCUGGCUUAACACUUCCACGUGAAAUGCAGCAGGGGCAGAAGCCUGGUCUCUGCUUUUCCUCCACCUGGUCUCUACUUUUCCUCCACCCACCAUCCUGUUCCCAGCCUGGAGGGGCAGAGCCAGAGCUGCACAGAGCACUUGGCUCUCUGUGGGAAGCUUGCAUGAAAUCUUCAGCUGUAAAAGACUCACUCAAGAUCCAGAGUUAUUUUUUUAUUGUGAAUCAUUGCAGUGCUACUGGAUGGGAGAGGAAAUUUCUCUUGUCUAUUGAAUGAAGGUAUGGGGUCCCUCAAAAGCCUGGGCAGCUUUGGUUCCUGAAGCAUUACCUGGGGUGGACCAGAGUCAGAUGUGUAACAUGGCAUCUGCAGGAGCCAGGCUGAAAACCCUUCCUCUGUUUCACCAGGAAGCCAACAUGAGAACACUGUACCUGGCAUGUCAAAAGAGCAGUUGGAGUAAAGAAUUUUACUCUCUA